AGUCACUGGCAUUUUAGGGUUCUUGAGCUAUGAACAAGUUCAAUGCCGCGCAGCGCAAUCUCCAGCGCGAUAGGCGCCACAAGAAGGCUCAGGAGAAGCGAUUGAGGCUGGGCCUGCAGUCGCUCAAGCUGUCCAGGCAAUCGGCGUCGCGCACCCCAUCGGGCAAGCGGCAGCGCAAGUUAGAGAAGAAGCUGCGCCGGGCGCAGAAGGAAGUUUUGGAGAGCGGCCUCGUGUCGGUGCAAGACAUUGAGAUGAUCUGUGCAGAUUCGGCUCCUGACGCGCCAGCGGCCUCCUCCAAGGGAUUUUCUCUCAAGCUGAAGAAGCAAAGGAAGCUCAAAUUGAAGAAGAACAAGCCUGCCAAAGCGAGCAUCGAUACUGAAUCCACGCCACAAGCGAUGAUCCAGUAGAUCUCUUGUAGCGGUGUUUGUGACGAAUAGAGAAGGAAAUCUUUUUCUUGUAGCGUUUCUUUGUCCAGGGUUUAGGGUUCUUAGUUUGUGGAAUAAAUGGAGCCGUGGGAGCGCCAUGCCGCUGGCGCUGGAAUCAAACGCUUCUCAUACGCUGCUGUGGCGGAUCAUCCCCGCGCUGGAUUCCUCGUCACUUGCGCAUUUCGACGCGAGAAGAGUGCUACCAAGGAGAUAAUGGACAUUCUUCCUCAGUACAUUGGAACUUCCAGCAGCAUUCCUGGAGACGAGACCCCGAAGGAAAACGAGGACAAGAGCACUGCUUCUCCGAGCGGCAUUUUCUCGCUUAUCAAGCUCUCCGGUAGCGGCAUUGUCUUCCUUUCGACUCCAGAUGAUACAGAUGUUGUGAGCGUUCUAUCACGAGUUCUAGACGACAUAAGAGCUCCACACACGAAGCCUUUCUCGUGGUGUAACAGGCUCACUCCAGUGCAGGCGACGUGCGCAUCAGAGGAGGAAGCCAUCUUCGUCACAGUUCUGGGGCUCUUGAGAGACGACGCCGGAGGAAUCGUCUCAAAGACCGGAAGAAGCAAUCUCAAGUACGCGGUGGGAUUCAACAGUAGAGCUGCCGAAGAUGGCAACACUGGCGUGGAGCGAGACGGGUGCAUCGCAGCAGUGGCAAGAGCCAUGCAAGAAUUCGAGCAGCAGGCCUCUGUCAACUUGUCGAAUCCAGAGAUCGUGGUGGCCGUGGAGCUGAUUCCUCUGGUUGGAAAGACUACUCCUCUGGCUGGAAUUUCUUUGCUGCCCAAGGAAGUUGUAAAUGCGAAGCCUCGGAUUUCCAUCAAGCCCUUGACAUCUUUCAAGAAACAAAAGCUUUGUUAGAGUCAUACGAUUUUAAAGCACGAACCCUAAAACUAGGGUGAUGGCGUCUUCUUCAAAACCAACGCUGGUUCUCGACAUGGAUGAAACACUGAUUAGCAGCUUGCGAUUUGGAAAGGAAGAUGAGUGCUUA